AUGCGUACUUCAGCUUCCUUCGCAACCUUCCUUCUAUGCGGUAUCGCAACUGCCCAAUUCGGUGCAGAUACACUUCUCGGCAGCAUGUCAGGAAUGACGUGCUCAAACGGCGAGUCAACAUUGCCGCCAAGUUCCCACAAUAACCUGCUCGGAUCCUGUUCCAGAAAUUCUUGGAAGCCAGUUGUAGUCAAACGUCAGGCGCACUCAGGCGCAGAUUCAGACUUAGUAAAUGUAUCACUUGAGGCGCCCGAAGACGGUGUCCUUGUGAUAUCGGACUCACAUGGCCGUUGCGAGCACUUUGAAGUAUACAUUGACGACCAGUUGAUAGGAGAGACAUCUGGAACUGGUGCUCUGGACUUCUCUGCAUGUGGACUUCCAGAUGAAUGCAUGGAGAAAAACGGGGGCCAACAUGGGUACUUUGCCCUUCCCAAAGGUAAUUACAAGCUUGGGCUCAAGUGGACCAAGGUUACACCUCAAUGCGAUAGAUCUUCUAUUGGAGAGGGCCACUAUAAAUUCCACCGUAAAUGCUAG